CGGUCCAAGGUCCAAAUCGAAAGUAACGUCAAGGGUCUCGACCUCGAUAGAUCUGAAGAGUAGCCAAAAGAGCUCGGGAAGUACAAGAUUUGAAAGACAUGAAGGCGAGAAAAGGUCCCGAUUGAUGCUUGUACGUAGUGAAGAAGUCGUGUGAGCUUUGAUAGACCCGCAAUCAGGGACCUCGGAACGAAAGCUAUCGCGGGGUUCAAAUCGUCGCAAAUCUGGGGUUGGUUCAUCAACUUCACGACUUAGCAUUGCUACAUUCAUUCACCCUUCAUGGCGGCCAAGUCGAGUUCUGUCCUCCGACGCGCCCUUCUCUACGUCCCUGCCUCUUCCCCUCGAAUGUUGACCAAAUCGCUCAGCCUCACCACCGACAACCUAACCUACGACCUCGAAGACUCUGUCACCCCCAGCUCCAAACCCUCGGCCCGCACCGCCCUUCAAACCCACAUCUCCUCGCUCUCUUCCCGGCCUGCUUCCAUCUCGGAGCUCGCUGUCCGCCUGAACGCCAUAUCUACCCCCUACGCCCUUGACGACCUGACCUCUCUCGCGCCCCUGCCCCAACUCGACGCCAUCGUGAUCCCCAAGGUCAACUCCGCCUCAGACCUGACCUUCGCCACCGAUGCUUUACGCCAUCUCGCUCCAUCUCGCCACUCGGCCACGGGCAACAAAGAUGGGUCAAAAGGAGGGAAUCCCAUUAAGAUAAUCGCCCUCAUCGAAUCCGCCAAAGCCGUAAUGGACCUCCGCUCCAUCUGUGCCGCCUCCCCCUACCUAACCGGGCUCAUCUUCGCCGCCGAGGACUUCGCCCUCGACCUCUCGCUAACCCGCACCCCGUCUCUCCACGAAUUCCUGUAUGCGCGGUCGGCCAUCGCCACAGCGGCUAGGGCAGCGGGCCUGCCAAGCACGAUUGAUCUAGUCUGCACUUCGUACAAAGGGGAGGAAGGUAUGCGGAGGCUCGAGGAGGAGUGUCUUGGGGGUAAGGCAAUGGGAUUCAACGGGAAGCAGUGUAUACACCCUUCGCAGGUCGACACGGUACAGAGGCUGUUUGCGCCUGCGGAGCAGGAGGUCGAGUGGGCAAUGCGGAUCGUAGUGGCGGACGAGAAGGCGACGGAUGCGGGACGGGGGGCGUGGACAUUGGAUGGUGCCAUGAUAGACGCGCCUGUAGUUGGCAAGGCGAAUGCCAUUGUGACGAAAGCAGAGAGGUGCGGCUUUGACGUUAAGGCCUUACGAGACAAGUGGAAAGAUCAGGAGCCGGAAUAAAAUGGACAUGAGGUCUGAAUAGCCCCUGUACGUUCAAAGACUUCUCG